GAUUGAUUUUGAAACAUGAGUGUUAAGUUACGCAUGCGUCCACCGUCCCCAAAAAGUGUUACUUUUGAACCUUGUUUUUCGACUGGAAUCAAAGAGAUCCGGAGCUCACUGAAAUUUAGGAAUGUCGCAGAGUGGGAACAAUUUCUUAAUGCUUUAUUAGCCGAUCUCCAGAAUACAGUGACUGGAUCUUCCGGCACUACGGGAUAUGGUUCCCUAAACACUUGCAGAGGCAUUAGGCAGUCGCCUGAAGUGGAGGUUACAUCCGUAAAGACAAGUUAUGGCAAAACCCAACCAAUAUCCGUGGCUAAAAGUCCCGGUUACAUUCAUUAUGGAGGUACAGUUUCCGCUACCGGAACAGUUGGCGAUGAGAAACGCCCAUUUAAUAAUAACUUAGAUGAGCUAGACUCUCUUCUACUUGAUCUCAGUAAUUCGAGAUACGCAAACACAACUACUACAGAUAACAGUAUGAACGGCAGUAAUGGUCAAUUUAAUGAAACCUAUAAUUCAGUAGGAAAGACCAGCCCCGCAAAUUUUUCUAGACCUUCCAGCGCCCAAAAUACAUUAAACAGACCAUCGGUUGAUAGCCUUCUGGACGAGCUGAAUUCUGGUGACGUAAUUUAUACGGGUCCCAAAAAAGUUGUGAUUACUGUCAAAGAAACGAAAACGGAAACUGGAUAUCCUGGAGAAACCGAACUAAUUUCCUCGUACACAACAGCUGCGCACACUCCCGCUGCAUCAACGGCUACCAGAGAACUCGACGAUCUGAUGGCUAGUUUAUCCAACAUUAAGGUACACCAAGGGCCGCAGCACCAAACAGUCUCCGAUUCGCAGUACGCGCGACCAUUUAAGGCUACCCAGUCGCAGAGCGCGCCUCCACAUAAACAAAAUCUGGAUUCUAUGCUUGGUAACCUCCAAGCAGACAUGAGCCGCCAGGGAGUCAACACCAGCCAGAAGGGUUGCUGCAGCGCCUGCGACAAGCCCAUCGUGGGCCAGGUGAUUACCGCGUUGGGUAAGACUUGGCAUCCGGAGCACUUCACUUGUGCCCAUUGCACCCAGGAACUUGGAACCAGGAACUUUUUCGAGCGCGACGGCAAGCCCUACUGCGAACCGGACUACCACAACCUGUUCAGUCCGAGAUGCGCGUACUGCAACGGCCCCAUUUUAGACAAAUGCGUCACGGCCCUGGAGAAGACCUGGCACAUGGACCACUUCUUUUGCGCCCAGUGCGGCAAACAGUUCGGAGAAGAGGGAUUCCAUGAACGCGAGGGGAAGCCGUACUGCCGGGACGAUUACUUCGACAUGUUUGCGCCGAAAUGCGGCGCCUGCAAUCGGGCCAUCAUGGAGAAUUAUAUUUCCGCUUUAAAUUCUCAGUGGCAUCCCGAUUGUUUCGUUUGCAGGGACUGCAAGUUGCCAGUGCAAGGAAAAUCGUUUUACGCCGUAGAGGGUAAGCCCGUAUGCCCCGCAUGCAUCGGAGCGGAAGAAGAGGAGGACGAAUAAACGAUUGUAUGCCCCCAAUAUGCCCCUUUAUUUGACCCCCCACCCCCCCGUACCAGUCGUUUUUAUGAGAAAGCUUUUACCUAGGAAAAAUGACCCCUCCCCCAACAUUACCCCCUAAAUAUUACACCAAUAAUUCUAAUGUAUUAAAUGUAAUAUUUCUUAUAUUAUUAUUGAUAAAAUAAAGACUAGAAUAAAAAAUAAUAUACAAAAUACACGAUAUGAAAGGGACCAUUUGCAAAUAGCGACAUUUCUCAACGCGGUAUUUGAAUUAUCUCUACGAUAUUUUAUUUUCGCGAUUUUUGCCAAUUUAUAAAUAGAAUCGAACGUUAAUAAUAAGGUGUAUCGACUAGAUAAAAACAACGAAAUCCCUCGCCUCACCAGAGUCUUGGUACUUUGUCGGACGCCGAAUUUAUUUUUAGCACGCCCCACUGAGAUUCAUUAAAAUUGUGUCAGCUCUUGCUUAUAGUCUCUUUCUGGUACCAAAAUAUAAAUAAUCCUUGAAAUAUAUUUAU